AUGGCUUUAAAAGACCGCAUAACCUCCCUCCCCGGAUCCCUCCGCCUCAAGGGUAACGAAUCCAAACACGAACAAACAGACGCAUGGAGCAACCGCGACUUAAUCCCCUUACCACCCGAGCGCCGAACAUGGGGCUGGUUCAAUUUCUUCGGAUUCUGGUCUAUCGGAUCGUUGAAUCUGGCGAAUUGGCAGACGCCUAGCACUUUCUUA